AUGCCCUAACACGCGCCUAGCAGUAGAUAAAAUUUUUAAAAUCUACAUUUCUUCUUAUUUAAUUUCCCUCCACCGAUACUUCGUUUAAGAAGAUACCCAGUCAUGCCUUCUAUACUUAUCACAGGAGCUGGCGGUUAUGUUGGCCAGGAACUGGCUGCUGAAUUACUCCGCACGUCGUCUCCAGAUACCACAGUCACAAUCACCGAUGUUCAGGCACCGCCAGUACCAGCCUCUGUGCCGGAUUAUGCUUCUCGCGUCAAGCCCGUUGCGGCUGACUUGACCUCUUCUCAAGUCGUGGACGAGCUAAUCAAUACAUCGGCCCCAUACGAGACCGUCUUCCUCCUACACGGCAUCAUGUCCAGUGGUUCCGAAGCUAAUUUUGACUUGGGAAUUAAGGUCAAUCUAGACGCAACAAGAUACAUCCUCAACAGACUCAAGGCUACGAUGCCCGGUGUCAAAGUAGUUUUUACGUCUUCACUCGCCGUCUACGGCCCUACGAAACCUGGGUUUGUGAUCAGUGAGACAAAUCUUCCGCCAGUGCCACUUUCGUCGUACGGUACGCAAAAGCUGAUCAUCGAACUUUUGGUCAAUGAUUACUCCCGCAGAGGCUUCUUGGAUGGCCGUUCAGUGCGACUACCCACAGUUACUGUCCGAGCUGGCAAGCCGACCCAAGCUGCUAGCAGUUUCGUGAGCGACAUCAUCCGAGAGCCGUUCCAUGGCAAAAAGGCCAUUUUGCCUGUAGCAAAGGAAACGCCAGUCUGGAUCUGCUCGCCAUAUACCAUUGUGAAGAACCUGCUGCACGCUCGGCAGGUGCCUAAGGAAGCUUUCGGCGACUCACGGUCUGUCAAUCUUCCGGGCUUGUUGGUGACCGUGCAGGAGAUGCUCGAUGCAUUGGAAAAGGUCGGCGGUCCGGAAAGGAGGGCGUUGGUGGAGGAGAAAUACGAUGCCGAUAUCGACAGGAUUGUGCAGAGCUGGUCACCUCUUUUCGACAACGCGCACGCUCGGCAGUUGGGAUUCUUGGACGAUAUUCCAUUUAUCGAGAAUAUCAAGAAGUUUGCUGCCACUCUGCAGCCUCCCUUCGCCAUGGCUUCCAGACGGCUUGCUUCUCAAUUCAACCAGGCUUUGCGCAACCGCGCUGCCUUGAAAGGCGUGCAGCCGGUGAAGCGCGGCUUUGCUACACCUGUUGGCGUUCCAUCCAAGACACAAUCGACUACCUUGUCGAAUGGUCUUACCAUUGCCACCGAACACAACCCGUACGCUGCCACCAGCACAGUCGGCGUUUACGUUGACGCCGGGUCUCGUGCCGAAACCGAUAAAACCAAUGGAACUGCCCACUUCCUCGAGCAUUUGGCCUUCAAAGGCACCAACAAGCGCACCCAAAACCAGCUUGAGUUGGAAAUUGAGAACAUGGGUGGUCACUUGAAUGCCUACACCUCGCGGGAAAACACCGUCUACUACGCAAAGUCUUUCAACGCCGACGUUCCCAAGGCUGUCGAUAUUCUUGCCGAUAUUCUGCAAAACUCGAAGCUUGAGACCUCUGCCAUCGAGCGCGAGCGCGACGUCAUCCUUCGGGAGGCUGAGGAGGUAGAGAAAGUGACCGAGGAGGUUGUUUUCGACCACUUGCACGCAACUGCUUUCCAGAAUCAACCACUCGGCCGUACCAUUCUCGGCCCCAAGGAGAAUAUUCAGAGCAUCCAGCGCGACGACCUUGUCAACUACAUCAAGACCAACUACUUGGCCGAGAAGACUGUCCUUGUUGGUGCUGGUGGUAUCGAACACGAUGCUCUAGUUAAGCUUGCUGAGCAACAUUUCGGUGCCCUGCCUGUUGCUCCCCCCACCUCCUCCUCUGCCGUCAUUGCUGCCGAGCAAAAGCGCAAGCCAGAAUUCAUCGGUUCUGAAGUCCGUAUCCGCGAUGAUACUAUCCCGACUGCUCAUAUUGCCCUUGCUGUUGAGGGUGUUAGCUGGAGUGAUGACCUGUACUUCACUGGUCUCGUUGCCCAGGCUAUUGUAGGUAACUGGGAUCGUACCAUGGGCAACUCUACCUACCUUGGCGGCAAACUCAGCAACUACGUUGCUCACCACAACCUGGCUAACAGCUUCAUGAGUUUCUCUACCAGCUACAGUGACACUGGUCUCUGGGGUAUCUACCUCGUAAGCGAGAACCUCACUCAGCUCGAUGAUCUCAUCCACUUUACUCUCCGUGAAUGGUCUCGUUUGUCGUUCAAUGUCACCGAAGCCGAGGUUGAGCGCGCUAAGGCUCAACUCAAGGCCUCCAUCCUCUUGUCUCUUGACGGUACUACCGCCGUUGCCGAAGAUAUUGGUCGCCAGAUUAUCACAACCGGCCGCCGAUUGAGCGCCGAAGACAUUGAGCGCACCAUUGGACAGAUCACCGCCAAGGACGUCAUGGACUUUGCCCAGCAGAAGCUGUGGGACAAGGAACUUGCCAUCAGCGCUUUCGGUAACGUUGAGGGUAUGCUUGACUACCAACGCAUCACCAACGACAUGAGCCGCAACCUGGCCUAAGAGCGGAGAGUGCCAUUUUCUCCCACCAGCAAAAAACAAGAAAAAAUACCUUGUCAAUUGGAGCUUUCAUUUGAGCUUUUUGAUCAAUAGAUAGACAUGGGCUCUGUGAUAGUAGUGUUAUAGCGCAUACCUUUAUAUUUCCUUUGUUUUAUUUGUACAGUAAAUGAAAACUGUCUCGUCGAUGUCUUUUUUCUGUCAUCAUUUUGUGAGAUCAAUACUAGCUUAUAAAAGAGACGGUUUAAACCCGCUAAGAUUAGACGACUGAUUUCAUCAAAUAGACUGAUUUUUGUAAA